AGCACCACAUUUCCUUAAUGCCAGCAAAUAGUUAACCUUCGGAUUCAUUUUUAGCUCAGUGCAUUUUUUUUUUUUUCGUCGCCUCAUAGUAGUUACAGAAUUUUAUAGAAUUUCAGUCUACUUUGAAAAUGGUAAUAUUUAUCUGCUGCCUGCUCGGUGUUUACGCGCAGCUUUUACACAUUAUAAACCAUUGCGGAUGAGGGAACUGGACAAUUCUUUUCACAUUAUUUCAUUAGAAGACCAGCAGACAAAGCUCCAGUCUUACUUUCUGCAUCAGACCCUUUCACAGCUAAAAGCUCUAGGAGGACAUCAAGCACAUAUUCUAUUUUUUUCCCCCUAUCUAAAGACUUGAAAGUCAUUUUGGGUCAUGUCUGGAGAUGUUUGAUCUGUUAUCAUGUAAUAUAUUGCAUAUAUAGGAUGAUAAUGAUCCUUCCCUGCUCGCCUUGAUAUACUAAAGUACAGUAACAGAAGAUAAACAAACUGCUAAGAGCAGGGGAGAAGCUCCUACCACAUGCACAAACAAGCUAUUCAGUGAAAGGUUGACUUAACCAUGGAAGAGACUGGGAAAAAAUGGAAGAAACUUGAAAAGAACCUAAGUGAACCUUCUAAGAUAAAAGCCACUAAAGGCUUUUCAACAUAGCACUUGCAACCCAAUAACUAAUUGUUGGAAUAACAGAGAGGAAACAUUUCAGAAAGCUGAGCUACAUAAUAUGAAGACAAGAAUAUCAUUUUUCAGUCAGUGUGAGUUUCAUAUUCUUCUGAUAGAAGGUAAACAGCAAGUAAAUGAAAGCUUUCAGACCAUCACUAUUUCAGUGCGAAGGCCUUUUAUUUUAGAAUUGGAUCUAAUUUUCGCCAGGAAGGGUUCUAAGCAGAGUACAAAAAGGAGAGGAGAUAAUGAGCAUCCUUGCCUGGUACCGUUAGUGAUGUUGAAUGGCUUGGAAAGAAUCCCAUUGACUUUGACGCAGGCGGAAGGAAACAAUGGUGGUAAAGGAAGCAAAUGAUAUAAAAUCGCCAGUGCUAAACGUGCUUUAUUAAUGAAGAAAUAUUCAUUCAGAAACUGUUUGCCAGUCAUCCUAAACAAAUAAGAAGACAGAAGUAGCUUCCAUCAAUCAAUGCGCCGUGACAAAUCUGGUGGCUUUGUGCCUAGGUGAUCCCUGGUAGCACUGCACAUCUACUAACAUUACACACUACUAUUUUACUUUUCAUGUUAUUUGUUUCAAUUACUUCCUAAUCACCACUUGUAUGAAUAAAAUGGAAUCAUUAAACAGAAGUAAUGGGGGUCUAAUGACAGGAACACCAUACUGGAAUAAUGAUACCAUAUUGUUUAAACCGGUAUUCAAUAUGAUGAUCGCCCCAGUGACAUUAGUCAUGUCAGUGUUGGGAAUGAUUGGAAAUGGUAUUGUGAUCUGGUAUCUCUCAUUUAAGAUUAAGAAAACCAAUUCAUCCAUCUAUAUCUUUAACCUUGCUGUGGCUGAUGCAGCAUUUAUGCUAUUCAUGUUAGUUUUUAAUAUUUUUUCAUUGGUUUUUGCCCUUAUACCGCACUUGGAACCACAAUAUGAGGAUGAACGUGUUAUUAACUUGGUAGGGGUAAUAACUCUAGCUUGUUUCUUUGUCUACAACACUAGUCUGUGUCUUCUAGCAGCUAUAAGUAUAGAGAGAUGUCUAUCUGUUGUCUUUCCCAUAUGGUAUUACUGUAACAGACCUAGGCACACAUCCUCAAUCGUAUGUGCUCUUAUAUGGAUCACUUCUUGUACUCUUAGCGCACUCGAGUUUGCAUUUUGUUAUAGUAUUAUCUACAAUAGUAGAGGUAUACUUAAGGAGUCCAGUCAGGAAUGCAAAAUUAUCUUCAUUAUUAUUUGUAGUUUUAGUUUUGCAAUUUUUAUACCUUCCAUGACAGUUUCAAGUUUUAUUCUGCUUGUCAAAGUACAGACAAGUUCUCAUCAACGACAACCAAAGAAGUUAUAUGCGGUCAUCACACUUACAGUCUUUUUUUUCCUUGUGUUUGGAAUGCCCAUGAGAGUGUUAUUGCUUGCAUGGUACAAGCACCAUACCAUGCCAUCCUUCCCCAUCAUGGACCUUUUUUGUCUGUUUUGUGCGAUCAACAGUACCAUAAACCCAAUAGUUUAUUUCAUGGUAGGACGCCAUGGCCAAAAUGGAAAAAUUACACUCCUGUCAAUUCUUCAGGCAGUUUUUCGAGAUGAUUCGAAUCAGUUAAGAAGGGAACAAAGAAAGCCAACACAAGAGACCGUAACAUGACUAUUUCAUCUUAAGAUGGACUGAAUAUACUGUAAAAUGACAACAAAUUGUAUAAUUGUAUUUAAAAUUAAAUGUAUUAAUUGUUUUAAUUAAAAUCUAUAGUGCUAACAGUUCAGAUGACAAGGCUUUGUUCACAUCUGUGUUGGAUUCACAUUUCUGUUGCAGAUUUCAUUAAUCUUGAUGCACUAUUUUUCCCGUAAAAUGCUAGGCCCUCUGCCAGAAACCUGGCAGACCCAUUAUAGUCUGUGUGAUUUGUUUAGUUCUGUUUGUGCCAGUCAGGCACUGGAACUGGGGCUUCUGUUACUUUUAUUGUACUGCUACUAUAAUGGACCAGAGUAACAGAACCAAAAGUGCAGAUGUUCCAGUGAUCAGUUUUGGAAUAAAACUUUUUUGUUGGGGUGUAUUAGGAAUUGGCCAUAAUAUAUAAUAAAGUCUGAAAGUGGUAUUCCAGUUUCCUAUCCUCAGAAUAGGUCACCAAUUUCAGAUUGAUGGAGGUCCAACUUCGCUGUCGCAUUCAAGUAAAUGGGAUAAAUAGAUGUAAUUACACUGCACCAGCACUACAAUAUAGACAGCAAGCAGGUAAACAUUACAAAGAAAGCACCUCUUGCAGUAGUGUCACAGCCCCUCCAAACAACUGAUUGGCAGAGGUGCUGAGAGACAGACCUCCAACAGUCUGAUACUGAUGACCUAUCCUGAGAAUGCCAGAGUGACUGAUCAUAUACAGGCUUAACACAACAUAUAAUCAAUAUAAUCACAGAGCAAUCAUUAUUUAAAUUGAUAUAUAAAGAUAGACCCAUUGAUAAUGCACCAAAGGUCAUAACCGUAAUUAUUGUAUUACAAAUGUCACUGAUACAGUAGACAGAUACUUUUACAAAACAUAGAAUUGAAUGACCUUAUUGGGUUUGUCUCACUCACCAAAUGACAUUUAUCAUGUAGACAACGUUAACACAAGGCACUUACUCAUGUAUUGUGAUUGUCCAUAUUGCCUCCUUUGCUGACUUGAUUCAUUUUUCCAUCACUAGUGUUAAAAGAAUCAAAGUAAAAUGAAUUGAAUUCAAUCUGAAUUUCAGGGAAAAUUUGAUUUGUCACAAAUCAAAAAUUCCUUGUGGUUCAUAUUAACAGAUCGUUUUUUUUUUUUUUUUUUUCUAAAUUGGCUGCUACUGUACAUGUGUUACAAAGCCCGGGAGCGCAAGAUCACCCAUAAUGUCGGGCAGCCAGCCAAUCAGCUGAGCAUAGUGACAGACAUGCCAAGGGAUAGGGACAGUGGUUAACAAAUCUUUUAGUUGUACAAUAGGAUAGGAACAGUGCAGGGACACUGUAGGGAGAUCAUAUGGAGACAGUUUACACAGUGUAGGAGAGCAUAGGCAGACUGCAGUGACAGUGCAGGCACAGUGUAAUCGCCCUGUGCAUGUUGUUCAUCUGCUGUGCCAUUAAACUUAAUCUGUUCAACAGGCGGUCUAAUAUAUAGGCGCAUUUACCUAGUUCAUCUGCAGUGCCUUUAAUAAUUAAUCUGUUCAGUUAUACAUAUAUGUAGUGUGUAUCAGACUAAUUGUCAACAGGCAGUCCAAUAUAUAGGUGCAUUUACCUAGUUCAUCUGCUGCGCCAUUCAUAAAGAAUCUUUUCUGUUAUACAUAGACUUACUGUGCAUCAGACUCAUUGCCAACAGGAGGUCUAAUAUAUAGGCGCAUUUACCUAGUUUAUCUGCUGCGCCAUUCAUUCUUAAUAUGUUCUGUUAUAAAAUAGACUUACUGUGCAUCAGACUCAUUGUCAACAGGCAGUCUAAUAUAUAGGCAAAUUUAUCUAGUUCAUCUGCUGUGCCUUAAAUAAUUAAUCUCUUCAGUUAUACAUAGAUUUACUGUGCAUCAGACUUAGUCUCAAUAGACGGUCAAAUAUAUAGGCGUGUUUAACUAGUUUAUCUGCUGUGCCAUUAAACUUAAUCUGUUCUGUUAUACAUAGGCUUACUGUGCAUCAGACUCAUUGUCAACAGGCGGUCUCGUAUAUAGGUGAAUUUACCUAGUUCAUCUGCUGUAUCUUUAAUAAUUAAUCUGUUCAGUUAUACAUAGACUUAGUGUGCCUCAGACUCAUUGUCAACAGGCGGUUUAAUAUAUAGGGCCAUUUUUCUAGUUCAUCUCCUUCGCCAUUCAUACUUAAUCUUAUACAUUGCUGACAGCAUUGGCAAAAAUGUUGUUCUAGCCAACACAAGUAUCAACCGAAGAAGGGGUGGUGGUAGCAGCAGCUGCAGCAACAGGCCAGAGCUGCCACUGUCAUCCUCUGGUCUUGUUUUGACUAACAAUCCAGCUGUACUGGAAUGUUUGACAUCUCAGAUGACAACAGAUACACACAGCCAGGAAUUGGCCCAGGAACAACCUCUUUGCACUCACCUGUCAUGCAAUUGCUUCUUUCUUUUGCUGCCCCUUCUUUUCGGGAAGUAAUGCAUGUUGCCGGCUCUGCUCCACUUUUCAAUGAGAACAGUCAGCAGCUACAGGCCAGCACAGACUUGGAAAAUAUUUUCGCUGCAUCCUCCCUUAGGUGUACAAAUAUCGAUGAUGACAGUCGGGCGGGAGAACGUGUUGCGAGUGGUCAGGGACGUGGCCAUGAGACUGGUGAGGGUGACAUAAGUGACGAACAGACAGUAGUGGAUGAUGAUAAAGCAGAUCGCACGUGGGAGCUGGGUGAAGAGAGGGCAUCAUCAUCAGGGUGUGUGUGGCAGCAGGCCCGUGAGUAAGCUGCAGGGUGGCAGUGUACCGAUGAAGCUGGAGCCAAACGCACCCAUGGUAGACAGUCUGCUAAUCAGGAGCCUACCUGUGCAACUAGUUGUGCACAAGUUCAUAAAGAGAGCAGCAGGCAGUCAACACGGAGUAGUGGAGGUAAAGUGCCAUACUCGGCAGUGUGGGAAUUUUUUAUCAAGUCGCUGGAGGAUGUAAACGUGACAGUAUGCAGGAUAUGUGGGCAGAAGGUGAAGCACAGUCAGGGUGCUAAUGUUGGCACUAAAGAUGAGCGAAUCGAAGUUGACAAAGUGGAAUUCGAUCCAAAUGUCAGGAAAAAUUUGAUUUGUCCCAAAGUCGAAUUUCCUUCCACUUCAUGGUAACGAAUCAUAUUUGUUCUAAAAUGACUACUGCAUGUGUUAAAAUGAGGAAGCAAGAUGCCUGGGAACGAGGGAUCACCCACAAUGCCAUGCAUGCAGCCAGCCAGCCAAUCAACAGCUAGCCAGACCUUGUGAUGUCACAGCCCUAUAAAAAGUCUCAGCCUACUUGGUCUGAGCCCUUUUUCACUGACCUUAGUGCAGGGAGAGACGUGACAGGCACUAGAGACAGUGUUUAGGAAACAAUUUAUUCAUAAAAAAUAACUAUUGAGCAGUUGACGGAAAGAUAUUUAUAGUUUAGGGAAAGGAUAGGGAGGCAUUAUCCACACUGUAAGGCCUCCUGCACACGAACGUGUGCACCCCGUGGCCGCGCUGUAGCCCGCAAUUAGCGUGAAAACUGCGACCGUGGGGCAGCUGCAGCGGAUCGUGGACCUAUUAACUUUAAUGGGUCCGCGAUCCGCCCGUACAACAAAAAGAGAGGACAUGUUCUAUCUUUUUGCGGAAUGAAAGUAUGGGACGACACCCCACGGAAGAACUUCGUAGUGCUUCCAUAGGGUUACGUUCCGUGCGUCCGUUCUGCACCAUUCUGCAUCUCUGGAUUUGCGGACCCAUUGACGUGAAUGGGUCCGCAUCCGUGAUGCGGAAUGCAUACGGAAUGGUGCCCGUGUAUUGUGGAUCCGCAAAUGCGGUCUGCAAUACGGCAACGAGACACCUACGGUCGUUUGCAGGAGGCCUAAGGAGAGAGCAGGGACCAACAGGAGAGUGUAAAGCCUGGCUAAUAGGAGCUAUUUCAUUACACCUUGCUGCACUUACUGUGGUUAUGUGCUCUAAUAC